UACCUCUCAGUUGUAAGCUGGGCCACAAAUGGAAGUGAAACUAGAACGACGGGCAAAGGAAGCGAAAAUGGGCGGAGAAUCCGAUUUUGGCGCUUUCGUUGAGAAAUUCAAAGAUCCAUCAAGCAUCAUCUCGACCGAAGAAGUUCCACUAAAGGGUCUAACAUUUGCUGUCAAAGACAUAUUUGAUAUGGAAGGAUACGUUACUGGUUUUGGAAACCCUGAUUGGUCACGGACUCAUUCGGCAGCCACAUCGACUGCUCCUGCUGUUUUAGAUCUCCUUAAGGCUGGUGCUGUUUGUGUGGGGAGGACGGUUUUGGAUGAGAUGGCUUUCAGUAUUAAUGGUGAAAACAAACAUUAUGGAACACCGGUCAAUCCAUCGGCUGCAGACCGAGUUCCUGGAGGAUCUUCCAGUGGCUCCGCCGUUGCAGUUGGUGCAAACCUUGUAGAUUUUUCCAUAGGUACGGAUACUGGUGGAAGUGUUAGAGUCCCAGCAGCCUUUUGUGGGAUUUUAGGAUUCCGGCCUUCUCAUGGUGUUGUCUCAACGGACGGAGUUAUCCCAAUGGCACAGAGUUUCGAUACUGUAGGUUGGUUCGCUAGAGAUCCUGAUAUUUUACACCGAGUUGGACAGAUACUUCUGAAAUCACCACCUGAUUCAGUUCCUGACAUUCCCAAUCAAGUUAUAAUUGCAGAAGACACUUUUCAGCUUCUUAACAUUCCAGUUGAUCGAGUGACUAGUAUUCUAGUUAAAUCAUUACAUAAGCUAUUUAAAGGUCUAAUUGUAAGAGAAGUUAACCUUGGUGAAUAUGUUAAGGAAAACGUGCCCAGCUUGAAACAUUUCGUUUCUGAAGAUGGGGGGAAAGUGAAUCAAGAAUUUAGUAUUCCUUCUUUGACAGCUCUUUCGAGUGCUUUGAGAAAGCUUCAGAGGUAUGAAUUCAAGAAUAACCAUGGUCAGUGGGUGAAUACAGUUAAGCCUGAUCUUGGACCUGGUUUAUCUGAACGGAUAUGGGGAGCUGUUAGUUCCACAGAUGAGAACGUCGAUGAUUGUAGGUUGGUGAUCUCGGAAUUACGAGCUGCUCUCACCAAUCUCCUAGUCAAUGAUUUUUGUGUGCUUGCAAUUCCAACAGUUCCUGGUCCUCCACCGAAGAUAGCAACCGAAGGUGGUAGCUUGGAAACGUAUCGUUCAAGGGCUUUUAGCUUGUUGUCUAUAGCUGGAAUUUCCGGUUUCUGCCAGGUGAGUAUACCGUUAGGAAUGCACGAUAAUCUUCCGGUGGCGGUUUCAUUGUUGGCUAAACAUGGUGCAGAUGGAUUUCUCUUGAACCUUGUGAGAAAAAUUUAUGCAACUCUCCAAGAAAGUUGACAUUGCUUAGAAGUGAGAACUGAACUACUAUUACCAGGGUUUCUGUUUUUUCACUUAUUUAAAAAUAUUUAGAGGUAUUCAUGCAUGACAAUCGGUCUCAUUCGGGUCAAGUAUCCGGUUAAUAAAAAAAAUAGAAACUAAUAUUUUUAUUUAU